UUCCGAUGUUGAAACAUCUUUGAGUCUCCUGUGUUGUGUUCUUUUCAAUUGCUCACUGUUAGACUAGUUAAUCUAUGGUACUGCAUUGUUUGAAAUGUAAAUAAGGGGCCAGGAGUGAAAGUCACAAGUCAAGCAAAGCAAAGCCUUUAAGAAGAAAACAAACUAGUACAACUACUUCUCUCAAGAACCCUUCUUCCUCCAUACUUUUUCUUCUUCUUCUCUCCUCUUCUUCAGAAGCAAAAGAAAAGAUGCCUAGACCCGGUCCAAGACCCUAUGAGUGUGUGAGGAGAGCUUGGCACAGUGAUAGACACCAGCCCAUGAGGGGUUCUCUAAUUCAAGAAAUUUUCAGGAUUGUGAAUGAGAGUCAUAGCUCUGCUACCAAGAAGAACAAGGAGUGGCAAGAGAAGCUCCCUAUUGUUGUGUUGAAGGCUGAGGAAAUUAUGUACUUCAAAGCUAAUUCUGAGGCUGAGUACAUAGAUCUCAAAACUCUUUGGGAUCGAGUUAAUGAUGCCAUUGACACUAUAAUCAAAAGAGAUGAGAGUACUGAGACUGGAGAGCUUUUACAGCCUUGUAUUGAAGCUGCUUUGCACUUGGGCUGCACUCCAAGAAGAACAUCGAGGAGCCAACGAAACAAUUCCACGGUGUGUUACCUCGGUUCUAGGGACCCCGAGGCUCCCUCGAGUUCUCCUAUUAGCUUACGCGACAAAAUUCAUGGAAUGCCUAAUGGUUAUAGUCCAUUUGUGGCGACGGAUGUUAGGUUUAUGACUGCCCCGAAUGCCAUGAACCCUGCUGCUUUCCACUCCUUUGAAACUGACGCCAGUAGAGUUCAAAAUCAUACUAGUAGUGACAAGAGAUUUCCUUUCUUACCGGGAUGUGUUAACCAAAGAUUGCCUACUUCCCCGAGUUCCCAUUCUGUUUAUCCGUUGUAUUUUGGCUCCGAGUUUCACCUUGCAGACGACUCCAGGUGUGACAACAACAAGAACCUUUUCGCCCCUCAUCAGCUGAAGGAUGAUGCAAGAAGGUGUAUUUGGAAAAACACUUCUUCGAUGCAGAACUUGGAUGCUUGUCACGCUCCUCCAAGAGUUAACUCUCUCGCAGAUAACCAAACUGGAACCGAGUGUGACUUAUCCUUGCGGUUGGGCCCCGUAGGGGUUCCAUGCACAAGUGCUGUGAACACUUUGUUGCAAGAAAAGCAUAAUGGUGAUCCAGGCAUGUCUCGAGAUGGAAGCAAAUUGGGCUAUCCACCCCCACAUGUCGACGCAAGCUUCUCCUUCGUUCUGAACAAUCACAGUGUCAAUGAUCAGUUGGCUCCCGCUUCAAGAAAGGCGAGCUCUCAACCCCAACCCCAACCCCAACCCCAAGAUCCAAACUUAGAGGUAAUGUUGAAGAAGCAGAAGGUGGUCGUCACUCAUCUCUACGAGGAUAGACAAUUUUGUUCCCCCCUGAAGCUACCCUUUAACCACUUCAUUGGCAAGAUGAGGAAUUCUCGUCCCUAAAUUAACUUUAAUUAGCCUUUCAUGCUUUUAGGCGGGAUCCCUCCUAACACUCGAGAAAUAGCAGCGGAAGAAGAUGAUAUGCAUCUUGUAACCUCUUAUCAUUUUGGUUUUUUUUUUUUUUUUUUUUUUUUUUUUUUUUUUUUUUUUCUUUUCUCGAUGAGUAGUUAACAUUACAUGGUGCAAAUCAAGAAGUUGAUGUGUAUAUAUUGAAGCAGCUCUGAGCUCAUGUUGAAGGGAAGUUUUAGUCUUUUAGAUAUUUUGUUAAUGCUGGAAUGACAGUAAAACUUGGAUAA